AUGAGUCUCUCACUUCUGGAGCCAGUGGAACAUCAUGGUCCAUCCAUUGCAGUCAAGUUUUAUGAUGAUGAUCUGUUACUUGUGGGACAUGGCCCAAUGUUGAAAAUUUACAACUAUAAAACUUCUGAAGUAUUGAGUUCAGUUCGCAUAUUGAAGAAAAAUAAGAUCCAUGGUAUAGCAUUUGAUAGAGAUACAUUUAUAUUUUAUGGUGGGCGCUCAUUCAAUAUUCUGUCCCUCUCACAGCUUAUGGAGUCGAAAGAUGUUACAACCAAUGAACAAAUGAUAAAUGACUGGAUUAUCACUGCUGAAUUCAGUUAUAACGGGCUUGAAGCUUUCAUAUUGACCGCUCACAAUGUUAUUUUAAGUGUUGACUCAUAUUCCCAAACUUUACAAUGGGAAAAAUCGGUUUACGGAGAGAAAUCCAUUCUAUAUUCAGGUUCCAUCAGAGUGGCAUCCAAACAUGAUGUAUAUAUCAACGCAGGAACUGUUAUGGGUGGUGUUAUUAUCUGGGACCUAUACAAGGAAGAAGUGGUUCAUAAUUUGAUUGGUCACGAAGGUUCAAUUUUCAAUGUCCAAAUGAGCUCUGAUACCAAAUAUAUAGUCAGUUGUUCUGAUGAUAGAUCAAUCAAACUUUGGGAUUUCAAGUCUGGUAAAUUAUUAUCUACAGCUUGGGGUCAUACUGCCAGAAUCUGGAAUUUGAAAUUUUAUGCAAAUGAAAAAGCUGUCAUUAGUGUUUCGGAAGAUCUGACCUCAAGAACCUGGACCAUCACAGAUGAAGAACAACUUGUGCCUAAUGAAACAUACCAGCUACAUCUUGGAAGACAUAUAUGGGGAUUGGAUGUCAAUAAAGAAGGAUCCUAUGCUGCUACUGGUGGUAAUGAUGGCCGUGUUAGAUUAGUUUCAAUAGUCCCUGGCCAAACAGAAGCUGCAACAAAAGACUUUACUUUAUCUGAUAUUACAGCCUCAACUCCUGCCUACACCCCUAAGAAUAACGAGAUUGUCAAAGGAUUUUGGAGACUUGACUUUGGUUUAAUAGUGAUCACAUCAGAAGGUGGUGUAUUCUCAUAUGUCAAUGAUGUUUGGAGCCUGAUAAUGACAGAGCCAGAUCUAAGAAACUUUUCAUUAACCAAUGGUUUGACGCAUGCAAACAUCAUAAUAUUUACCAAUAGCAAAGGUGACUCACUGUUUUUGAAAUUUGACUCCAAUGGUACAAUAAUCACAAAACAGUGGAUCCACACUGAUGUCACCAAAGUGGUGAACGCGUUGAGUACAUCUUUUGAAGAUAAAUUUUAUUUGAUGAUUGAAUCACCAAACACAAAGGAAAAAUUAUUUGUCUAUGAAUUUGAUGGCCAGUUGUCUAUAACAAAAACUGUGUUCUUGGAAAAAGGCCCUACAUUUGUUAGUACUUGUUUUGAAGUUAAUGGUGACUUAAUAUUUGUUGGUUUCAGAUUAAGUUCAAUUGGUAUUUACAAAUUAUCAACAUCCCAAGAAGUUCAAUUCAUCAAGAAAUUGUCUAUAAGUGAUACAGUUACCUCUAUUAAAAGUGUUCAUUCCGAUGACAAACAAGCACUACUUGUUAUUGGUAAUCGUGAUGGGUACUAUGUUUACAUUAAGUUCAACAAAGUGACUGGUGAUUAUGAAUUUCUUCAUUCUAAUAACACAAGAAAAGGGUUUUUAGAGGGUGCCUUUGAAAUUGAUAAUGAACUAAUAAUCUAUGGGUUCAAAUCGAGCUUCUUCUAUAUUUAUAAUGAAUCAAGAGAAUAUGAAAUUGCUUACGAGAAUUGUGGUGGUGCACAUAGACAAUGGAAAUUAUUUCAUUUACAAGGGUCUUAUGAAUUCGUUUAUACAAGAAGUGGUACCUUGACCAUUAGAGAAGUUCCAAAACCAGCUGUUGAUUAUUUCUUGAGUGAAGGUACACAUGGAAGAGAAAUCAGGGAUAUUUCAAUCAGAGACAAGCCUUUAAAAGAUGGGAAAAUUCUCUAUGUUACAGGUGCCGAAGAUACAACCUUGAAGCUGUCGUCGAUAGAUAAUGACAAAGGAAGUAUUAGAAAUUACUGGACAUUAAGAAAGCAUACAUCAGGUCUACAAAAAGUCAAAUUUCUUUCAGAUGACCUAUUAGCAUCAUCAUCAGCUAGAGAAGAGUUUUUCAUUUGGAAGCUUGAUGAGAGUUUUUCUAAUCCUUUAUUAAUUCCAACUGCAUCACUUCAACCAUCUGCUGACAAUCCAGAUUUAAGAAUUAUGGACUUUGAUCAUCUAUUUGUUUAUGAUUCAGACGAUAACAUGAAAGGGUUGUUGCUGGUUAAUGUUUAUUCAGAUUCAACUAUCAAAGCUUGGUUUUUCGAACCAACCACUUCAUCUUUCACUCCGGUUUUCGAAGGGCAUUACAAAACAUGUUGUUUACUGGAUGUUAAAUUGUCUAUUGUGAAUGAUCAAGUUUUCUUAUUAACUGGUGCAACUGAUGGUCAUUUGACUUUGUGGAAUAUCACAGAGAGUAUUGGUUUUGAACUUGUUGAAGGCAAACUAAGAUUCAAAGGAGAAAUAUCAAAAAGAAGCUUGCCAUCUCCUGUAUCUACAAUAUCCGUCCAUCAAAAUAGCAUCAAAAGCUUCAGUGUUAAACAGGAUAAUGAUGAUUUGAUUGUUGCUACUGGUGGGGAUGAUAAUGGGCUGGCCAUCACCACAUUCAAAUUUAACGGUGAAAUAGUUGAAGCUGAAGUCAAUUCGUUGGUUGAAGAUGCAGCUUCAUCCACCAUUACUUCACUUGAUAUGGUUUCAAAUGAUCGCUUGAUAGUUGUUUCGGUAGAUCAGAUCGUUAGACUUUGGAGCUUCAAAGAUAAAAAACUCAAACUGCUUGAUAAAUUGUACACCACUGUUGCAGAUACAGGAUCAUUGGGCACUUAUCAACAAGGGGACAGACAUGUUUCAUUGAUAGGAGGUGUUGGCCUGUCAGUGUGGGAUAUUAAAAACUAA